AUGACAGCAGACAUACAAAAGAGUUUACCUUGGAUUGAAAAGUAUCGUCCCGAUUCUCUUAAUGAGGUGUAUGGACAAGAUGAGAUUGUCACCACCGUAAGGAAGUUUGCUCAUGAAGGUAGAUUACCUCAUUUACUCUUCUAUGGCCCUCCUGGUACUGGGAAGACGUCUACAAUCAUAGCUUUGGCCAAGGAGAUUUAUGGGCCUAACUACAAAAAUAUGGUAUUAGAAUUGAAUGCUUCUGAUGAUAGAGGUAUUGAUGUAGUUAGAAAUCAAAUCAAAGAAUUUGCAAGCACCAUGCAAAUCUUUAGUAAGGGAUUUAAAUUAAUUAUAUUGGACGAAGCCGAUGCUAUGACCAGUGCAGCUCAGAAUUCAUUAAGACGGAUCAUAGAAAAAUAUACAAAGAAUACUAGGUUUUGUAUCCUUGCAAAUUAUGCUCAUAAAUUGAAUCCAGCAUUAUUAUCAAGAUGCACCAGAUUUAGAUUCCAACCUAUCAAUGAAGGGGCUAUUAAGGAAAGAAUCAAGAAUGUGAUUAUUAAGGAAGAAUUACAUUUAAGCUCAACCGCUGAAGAUGCAUUAUUAAAAUUAUCAAAGGGUGACAUGAGACGAGCUUUGAACGUAUUACAGGCAUGUAAAGCUGGACUUUCUGAUCCCCAGGACGAUAUUGAUGAGGAUAUGAUAUAUGAAUGCAUAGGGGCUCCUCACCCUAAAGAUGUCAAAUCAGUGUUUCAUUCAAUUCUCCGAGAUGAUUGGACUACAGCAUAUUUGACAAUUUCAAAGUUCAGAAAUACAAAAGGUCUUGCAUUAAUUGACCUUAUAGCUGGUUUUGUUGAGUUGCUAAACAAUUACAAGUUAAAUCCUUCUACCAAAAUAGCCAUAUUGAAAGGCCUCAGUGAAAUUGAAUAUGCUAUUUCCAAAGGUGGGAAUACAAAAGUUCAAUCCAGUGCAAUAAUAGCUACUAUCAGGCAAGCUAUUGAACUUCAAACAGAAAUUCAUAAACCCAUAGAGGAACCUCUUUGA